AUCUAAUAUCUAUACCUCUCCGUGUAUCACAUAUUCACAUACAAAAACACAAAAAAAGACAGGAAAAAAAAGGAAGGAGAAAAAAAGAAAGAAAGUGAAAUACAGAGAGAGAUAUCAGAUAUGGAUGCAAUGCAAAUAGCUCUACCAGUUUUGGGCAUUGUUGCUGCUGCAGCUGUAACCUUCUAUGCAGUGAGUUUCAAUGAGAUUAGAGAGAAAUCACUUCAAGAUUGGGAUGAAUCUGAAUCAGAAAAUGGAGGUUACAGACGAUUAUCCAGCUCGUCUCGAGAGAGGCGAGCUAGAAGACAAGCUAAGAAAAAUAACAAAACCAAUUAAUUACUACUAUCAUCUUUCAAUUAAUGUUCAGUUGCUUUUCAUUUUAUUUUUAUGUUUAGUUAAUGAAUUAUACUACUCUUUAUUUUUGCUGUCACAUUGCUACAAAGUGUAAAGGCUUAGACUCAUUCAAUGAAUGGAGUAGCAUUGUCCCAUCCAAGUUGAACUGGCAGGACUAAUCCAGAAUUUAUAAAGCUAAGUGAAAGUUGUGAUUAUUAAGUAGAAAAUUAACUGUUAAAAGUA